CAGUGCUCACCUUUGCUGACUAAGGCAGGUCAGCUGAGGGAUUGUCCCACCCCUGUGACUGCAGGGAUGGACCGGAGGAGAUGGCUCCUGUUGGCUCUGGCUCUGCUCCUGGCCAUCCCUCUCUCAGGAAGUUUCGAGCUCACAUCUCCCAGAAAUGUGGUGGGCAUUGUCGGCCAGGAUACAAUCCUUCCUUGCACCAUCUCUUCCACAAAGCCACUGGACAACCCUGAAGUGCAGUGGAGGAAAAUCACAGAUGGACAUCCAGAGGACAUCUACACAUACAGACACUCUGGUGGUGAACCAGUGCAGAAAUACCGUGGGCGGACAUCAAUGCCAGGGGACGGGUUUUCCACUGGGAACGUGUCCCUGACACUGAAGAACGUCCAGCCAGCAGAUGAAGGGAUGUACAGCUGCACUGUGACAUCCAGGGACUGGAGCGCUUACACGACCACCAAGCUCAGCAUUGCAGGGACUGGGGAAGUGUUCCUUGAAAUUCUGGGCCCCCAAGGAACAGGGCUCAAGCUUGGCUGCAGAUCACACGGAUGGCUCCCUGAACCAACUGUCCAGUGGGUGACAGAGGAUGGGCAGGGUCUGUUUGCAGACACUGAAAUACACCAGGACAGCAGGAAGCUCUUCAGUGUGUGGAGUCGAGUCACAGUGACAGGAGAGGAAGUGGGAAAAGUCACCUGUCAAAUCCUGAACCCCCUGGUGCAGAUGGAGAAGAAAACUACUGUGCGCCUCUCAGGUGCUGCUUUUCCCCGUUUGUCUCCAUUUGUCCCUGCCUUCUGGACAGUACUCACUGUAUUCCUUCUCACACUGGCUGCUGGUGCUGUUCCAGUGUUUCAAGGAAGGUCACUGGAAGCAAAUACUCCACGGGCUGUGGAAUCUGUGCUGCUAAAGGAUCUCCAGCAGCUCUCUCAACAAGUUCAAACUCUGCAGGAAGCUCUCCAGGAAGGGCAGGAGUCCACACAGCGUGACCUUGAGCUCCUCAGAACAGAGCAGCAGAACGCACAAGACAGGACAGUGGAGGCCCUGGAAUCCACGCGGCUGAAAGAGCACCAGGAGCUCUGCCAGCAGAUUCAAAGCCUUCAGCAAGCUUUGCAGAAUGUGCAGGACUGCACACAGCGGGACCUGAAGAUCUUCAAAACAGACCUGGAGAACCAGCUAGGAAGGUCACUGGAGGCAAAUACCACAAGGGCUGUGGAAUCUGUGCAGCUGAAAGAUCUCCAGCAACUCUACCAGAAAAUGCAAGCUCUGCAGAAAGCUUUCCAGAAAGGACAGGAAUCCACACAGUGUGACCUUCAGAUCAUCAGAACAGACCUGGGGAAAAAACAAGACCUUUCAGAACUGCGGUUCUACGAAGUGUUUGUCACCCUGGACGCUUCCACGGCUCAUCCCAGAUUGGGAAUAUCUGCGGAUGGGACGAGAGUGAUGGACACUGGUGUCAGCAGAGACUUGCCUAGGAAUGAGAAGAGAUUUGAUUCCCAUCUGUUUGUGUUGGCAAAGGAAGGAUACACAUCUGGGAGACACUACUGGGAAGUUGUUGUUGGGAGAAGAAGCAGCUGGGCCGUGGGUGUUGCCCGGGAAUCUGUGACUCGCAAAGGGCCCUUGACUCUGUGCCCUAAGAACGGCUUCUGGGUCAUAGGGUUGGCAGAUGGGCGAGACUAUUGGGCCUACACUGAUCCUUGGACCUAUCUGAGUGUGAGUGGGAAGUUGCAAAGGGUUGGAAUCUUCCUGGACAUCCCAGCCAAGCAGGUGACUUUUUACGACGUUGAUAGGAGAGACGCUCUGUUCGCUUUUAGCACUGCUGAUGGCAGCAGCCAGAAGGGGAAAUGCAUUCCCUUCUUCUCUACGUGCCCUGCUACUACCAACCCUGACCCUGAGCCUCUGGUAAUAGUGUAGUUUUGUGAUGAUGAUGAUGAAUAGCUCACUGUGCAUUUCAGAGGUCAGUAAUGUACAGCCAGCGACCCAAUGACAGUGUAAUGAGGCUGCUGCCUAAUUUGUGUCUCCUGAACAAAGCUAAUGAAAGAGAGGACAGAUCUGUCAUGCUGGUCAGCUCUGAGGGUUUUUACAUUAUGCAUCAGAAUGAAAAAAAU